AUGAACAACGACGCCAGCACCAUCUCUAGUGUAGUCAAGGACAAAGACGCUGUCGACGCUGACGUCAAGAAUGUCGGUACUUUGUCGGCCAUUCCGGAAUCUGAGAGGGAGACUGCCAUUGACACGGUAGCUGCUGCUGAACAGUAUACCGAAGAGGAGUACAAGAGCCUCGUCCGAAAGAUAGACUUCGUUCUCCUGCCGUUGAUGUGGGUCCUGUACGGGCUUCAGCAAGCUGACAAAACUGGGAUUUCCACACAAGCAACGUUCAAUAUGCGGUCGGACCUUGGUAUGAAAGGCCAAGACUAUGCUCUACUUACCACCAUUUUCUACGUGUCAUACCUCGUCUUCGAGACGCCGUCGAACUACAUCAUGCAACGCAUCAACAUCGGUAAAAUGCUAGCUGUAUUUAUGUUCUUCUGGGGUGUGAUAGUCCUCUGCACUGGUUUUGUCACGACGUGGGCAGAGAUGAUGGUGUUAAGAGCUCUCCAGGGUGCUCUGGAAAGUGUUAUAUCACCUGCAUUUCUUCUUCUGACUGGCGCGUGGUAUCGUACCAGUGAACAUACCUUGCGAAGUAUCGUCUGGGGAACAGCAAACGCCGGUUUCGGUAUCAUUAGCAGUCUAUGCAUGUAUGGCAUUGGACAUGCCGCUUUGAAAAAUCCAAAUGGAAUAGAUGCUUGGCGAGGCAUUAGCUAUUUCCUGGGAGGUUUCACGAUCGUAAUGUCGUUUUUCACGUUCGUCUUCCUUGGCACUCCUCGUGAAGUAUGGUGGUUGUCCAAAGCAGAGAAACGCAUGGCUGCUGCGCGCGUCGUGGGAAAUCAGACAGGCUCGGACCGUACGAAACAUGGAGAAUGGAAAUGGCACCAAGUAGCAGUCGCAUUCAAAGACCCUCAAACAUAUUUUUUCUUCUUCACCACUAUUGUCAAUUCACUACCAAACGGGGGUACGACAUCUUUCGGCUCACUGGUUUACGUUUCUUUCGGGUUUUCCAACCUAGAGACUAUACUGAAAGGCACUGUCCCUCGACACGCGUUAUCGAUCGUCUGGUUUCUUUUUGUAGGCCUCAUCACAAGAAGAUACUCCAAAGUGCGGUUUUUGUGCAUGUUCGUUGCUGUUGUCCCGGCAUUUGUUGGAAUGCUCGCCACAGCAUUGCAGCCGGGCGAUGAUGCGCAUUUGUGGUCAAGAUGGGGAACUUAUUUUAUGACAGUAACGGGAGAUGUUGCGGGAUUGAUGAUAUGGACGUUCGUGCCGAGCAAUGUCGCCGGAAGAACGAAGAAAUCCGUCACCUCCAUUGUUCUCUUCGUAGCGUAUUGUGUCGGAAACUCGGUUGGAAGUCAAGUCUUCCAGGAAAAGUGGGCGCCCCGCUAUGUACCGGCUAUUCUCAUUUCUGCAAUUUUUUACGGUUUAGAGAUGAUCUUGUUCCUUGCGUGGCGUUUUUACUACAUUUACGUGAAUCAUCAACGUGAUAAAGCUGCUCUUGCCAAGGGAUCAUCUGUUGAGGAGCAGGAGCGCUUGGGACGGUUGGCCGCAGAAGCGGAUGUGACAGAUUACGAAAACGACCAUUUCCGAUACGAUUAUUAA